GGCUUUACAACGUGCGGUGGUCCUCGGCACGAGGUCUCGCGUCGCGUCGUGCCGGCGCGCGCCGCUGAGCGUCCUGCAGGCUGUCUCCUGACAGCAAAAUCCGCUGUGGCCGCGAGAUCUCAAUCUGGCUUCAAGCGCCGCACGGCUGGAGUCGUUUAAGCCUCUUGCCGAUGCACGAGGUCGUCUAAUCGCGCUAAACUCGCAAAGCGUCGAGGCGAGCUAGCGUAACAACAACACUAGUUUUGGCCUGAAGCAUUUGCACAGCCGCCUAACACGCACAUUGCUGCCCAUCACGCCAUACGCAUUGACUAACGCCAUCGCUGUGACGUGUGCAAAUCGCGUCGCCAGCAAUUCGAGCACUCAGGACGUGUUGUGCCGCAUCACUGAACACACUGCAAUAUCGCCGUCGCCGCGUUUCGCGCAUUUGUGCCGGACUGCACUGUGCCGCUCACCGAACCACUGCAACAUCGCCGCGACGAAGUUGUGCCAGACCGCACGCAGCAACCAUGAGCGAGCAAGCCGAGAUCCAGCGCACGAUCGAGAAGGCGCUCGCGAAGCGCAACAAGGCUCGAUCGAAGAAGAUGUGGAGCGUGGCGGACGACAUCCGCAACAUGCUCAAGGAGAUGGGCGUGCUCAUUCAGGAUACGGGCCCCAACACCUCAGAGUGGCGCUGGGCGAAAGGCGCGCUCGAGGACUCCGAGGCGGAGGAGGACGGCAGCGACGACAGCGACAGCGCCGAGGCGCCGCCACCCGCCCCGGCGCCGAAGAAGAAGCGCGCGGCCUCGACGGACGACGAGGCGGCGCCGAAGAAGAAGCGGAAGACCUUCCCCGGAGGUCUCGUCGCGACGAUUCUACAACCGGGCAGCGGCAAGACGGCCCAGAACCGCAAGAAAAUCACGAUGAAGUACGUCGGAACGCUGGCGAAGAACGGUAGGGAGUUCGAUCGCGGUAAAAUAGCUUUCCGACUGGGCGCGGGAGAAGUCAUAAAAGGGUGGGACGUCGGCUGCGCGGGCAUGGCCGUCGGCGAGCGGCGGCAAUUAUUCAUCCCGGCGAAGCUCGGGUACGGCAAGCGCGGCGCACCGCCUGACAUACCGCCGAACGCGGACCUGAACUUUUCAGUAGAGUUGCUGAAGGCGUAGGUG